AUGACCCUUCGGACCUACUUCCAUCAGCUCCGGCAACUGCAGCACCCAGGCUACUUUGGCAGCAUUGCCGGCGGACCGCCACUCGACGACAUGUUCUCGGUGACGCAGGGUGCUCACGAGGUCAAGAUAUCGUUUGCAACCGAGGACGAACUGACAGAAUGCAUUAUUCGGAUACGCGUCACCGAAACCGGCGAGCGGAUGGCCCACAAGACUCGGUAUCAACAACAUAUCCUGCCGACUGUCCUUCGCGGCGAUAGCUCUCCCGUCUUCACCCACAACGACUUCCAGAGAAAGAACGUCAUGGUGCACAGCCCGAUGGGACGCCAAUCAUUAUCGACUACGCAGUGA